AUGGAUCCUCUUGUGGAAGAUAACAACGCCGAGGCGCCUAGCCUCAACCUCCUUGGCCAGGCAGCGGCCCGGCUACUCGAAUACGGCAACAACGCCAGCAACAACUUGCAGGAAACGUUCACUAAAAUGACGCUUCAAGGAUGGAUCCGCCUUACUGUCAUUGUCGGCGGCUACCUCCUGCUACGCCCAUACAUCCUGAAGCUGUCUGUCAAGACCGCGGUGUCCAAGAUGGAGGAAGAGGACGAGAGAGAGAGAGCCAAGGCUGCCGCCAUGACCCCCAACGAGCUGAGGGGCGCCAAGCAGCAGCUUGAGGAGCAUCUCGAGGAUGACAACGGCGAAGGCACAGGCGCUGACUGGGGUCAGAAGGCUAGAGUGCGGCAGCGAACCAUGCUGAAGGAGAUGCUGGAGGCGGAGGAGCAGCGACGGAUGGAGGAGGAGGAAGACGACAAGGACAUUGCCGAGUUUUUGGAAGACUAA